AUGCUGCGCUUCCCCGUGAAGAAGAUCCGGAAGCAGUUCAAGCUCCUGCUGCUGCUGGUACUGCUCACCUCCGCCGUGUGGUUCACCUACCUGCACAUCAACCAGGGCAAGACCAUCAAACUGCACUUCAACUACGGAAAAGAUGGAGAUAGACAGACGGAGGGGACAGACGCCAGCCGCAAGAGGGACGCUCGCUCCUCAGCUGGCCACCACAAGAGUGAGGACACCAGCGACAGCAGGGAGGACGAGGCUGCAGAUGAUGAGCCAAUCACAGGCGGGGCUGAUGGCAGAGACCAUACCCGCAUCCGGAAGUUUCUCAGCCAGCGGCACAAGAAAUUGCCAUGGAAACCGGAGUAUAAGGGCCAGGCCAACCUGCAUGUGUUUGAGGACUGGUGUGGAUCCUCUGUAGCCCAACUCAGAAAGAACCUGCACUUCCCUCUCUACCCUCAUACCAGAACCACACUGAGGAAGCUGGCAGUCGCUCCAAAGUGGAAGAACUAUGGCCUAAGAAUAUUUGGCUUCCUUCACCCUUACAGAGAUGGUGAUUUCCAGUUCUCGGUAUCAUCGGAUGAUAACUCUGAGUUCUGGCUGAGUCCUGAUGAGAGCCCUCUCAACGCCAGACUGCUGGUGUAUGUAGGACAGCUGGGUACAGAGUGGACCGCUCCAGGCGAGUUCAGCAAGUUCAGGUCCCAGUCCUCCAAGUCUGUGCACCUAAUCUCGUCCAGACGAUACUACUUUGAGAUCCUCCACAAGCAGGAUGACAAGGGCUCAGAUCACGUGGAAGUUGGGUGGCGUCCCUUCCUCCCCGGUCUGAAAUAUGAAGUGAUAGACUCGGCCUACAUCUCCCUGUACACAGACGAGUCCAAUCUGAAGAUGAACAGCGUGGACCACAUCCCCCAGACCUUGGCCAGUCACAUCCGUCUCCCAGAGGAGGCUCAGCCCCAGGGUCUGGAGGGAGGCAGCGUCAUGCAGCACGGAGCGGAUAUGCUGAAGCCAGACCCCAGGGACACCUUCUACAGCACUCCGAUGAUCGACCCCUCCCGACUGGAAAAUGUUCUUCCGGCCUGUCUCUACUCUCCAACCUAUGUAGUCAAAGAUUUUCCUAUCGCCAGAUACCAGGGCCUGCAAUUUGUCUAUCUGUCCUUCGUUUACCCCAAUGACUUCACUCGUCUCACCCACAUGGAGCGAGAGAACAAGUGUUUCUACAGAGAGUCCCCUAUCUACUUGGAGAAGUUUGGUUUCUACAAAUAUAUGAAGAUGGAUGAGGAGGAAGAUGACAGACCGUUCUUCUUCCCUAACCCAGAUGAUUUCCUAGAGGAAGAGGAGGUGGUGGAUGUAGAGGACGAGGCAGAGAUUGUUGGCACACAGUCCCCCAAAAAGCCUUCUCAUCCCAGCCAGACCAGCCACACCUCCAAUCCCUCCCAUCAGCACUCAAAGCCUGCUCCAACACCAGCUGGCAGAGAAGGGGAAGAAGAGGAGGAGGACCCUGAUGAGGAGGAGGAGGGAGCAGUCAACAGUAUCAUACGCCACAGAGAAAGGAGACACUUUCCUCGCAGAGAUGGACAGAUGGGUAGGGAUUUGGACAGAGACUGGGGAAGAGAUCAUACAAACAUGAGACAAAAUGCCAGGAAGGGACUUGAAGAGCCCCAACCCAGGGUGCUUCAGCCUGACAUGGACAGCGUGGUCCGGGGUCGCUCCUUGUCUUGGAUCCGUACAGGUCCAGCAGAGUUGAGCCCUGGCAGGAAAGGAGGGGCAGCAGGUGGUGGAGGAGGAGGAGGAGGAGGAGAGAAGGGAGUUGAAACUCCUCCUAAACUGAGCAAGUCUUCACUCCUUUUCCCCCAGAAGUCCUCCCUCUCUGCCCUUGCCAGCCGAGCCAAGCAGAUCCUCAGCAAUUCCGCCCAUAGCAACAACUUCCACGAUAACAACAACAACAACAAGCUUGCUGGAAACAAGAAGGAGAAGAGGGAGGAGAACAAGAUCUACAUCACCAGGCCUCGACCUGCCAAGGAGCGAGAGAGGGACAGAGAGAGGGAGCGGGAGCAGCGUCGAGAGCGGAGGGAGGAGAGGGCUUCUCGCCAUCCUCGAGAGGUGUUCCCGGGGGUCUUUCUGUACCAAACUGGAAAGACCACAAGGCUGGUAAACCUGGGUGCUAAAGGACAUGCUGGGGGAAGCAUAACAGGAGGAAGGAGUCUUGUUAGUGCCCCUCAGCUCUGGCCCAACCCCCCCACAAAAGAAGGUAAGACAUCUCCUCAAAAUGGAAGCAUCAGCAUACAGAAUGAAAGUGUACAGAAGUCUGGCAGCAGGGCAGCAGGUGAGAACCAUCCAGAGAAAAGCAAGAGGAAAGGGGAGCAUUGGGAUUUGAAGACUACUAUCACUGCUGAUGUACCCAGCAAAGGUGACCUGUUAACCCCACUUUCCCAUCAUCAAGAUCCCCCUCCAGUUACCCAGCAAAGGUUAAACGCCACAGAAAACACACUCCAAGGUCAAACACGAGUCACCUCUUACCUCAGGACCUCUGAGAUCACAGAGUCCCAGCAGCAGCCGGAUCCGGACCCCAACCCGGCAGAGCUCGACCAGGAUACAAACCGCUCUAAUCCUGACGCCGACCCCGAUCCCGAGCCAGAACCAGAGGAGGGCGAGAUGUCGGACUACAGCUACGAGGAGGUCGAGGCUCGGCCAGGUUGGGCAGAGGAAAGCAUCAAUUGGCAGAGGACCUUCUCAGUCAACCCGAUGGACUUUGAGCUGCUGCGCUCUGACUGGAAUGACCUUCGCUGCAACGUGUCGGGUAACCUCCAGCUGGCAGAGAGUGAGGUGGUGGACGUGCUGGCACAGUACAUGGAGAAACUCAACGAACGCAACGGAGGGAUCUACACCCUGCUGAGGAUCGUCAACGUUGAGAAGCGGCGCGAUUCAGCGAGAGGGAACCGUUACUUGGUGGAGCUGGAGCUAAUGGAGAGAGGCCGCAGCGUGGUGCGUCUGUCAGAAUACAUUUACCUGCUGCUCCACCGCAGCAGGCAGGGAGAGGAAAGUCUAGAGAACACUGACUUUGCCCCGGCCUCUGCACCCGCUUCGGCUCCGUCUGCUGCCACGUCCAGCCUCAUCACUCCGCCGCCCCCUCCCUCCACGAGGUCCCCCGCCCGGCCCGGAGCGACCCCCUGGAGCACUGCCUAUGCUAAGCCUCUGCUCUGCCAGCCAGUCAUGCUACAGUGGAGGAGAGAUGUCAUGGUGCACUUUGUGGUACCAGUGAAAAACCAGGCUCGCUGGGUACAGCAGUUUAUCUCCGACAUGGAGAAUCUUCAUCGCCAGACAAAGGAUGACAAUUUCAGCAUCAUCAUUGUCGACUUUGAGAGCGAAGACAUGGACGUGGAGCAGGCACUAAGAGAGAGCACUGUGCCAAGAUAUGAGUAUCUAAGGAGAGAAGGCAACUUCGAGCGCUCAGCCGGACUGCAGAUCGGAGUGGACACUAUUGAGGAUAGUCACAGCAUUGUGUUCCUGUGUGAUCUGCACAUCCACUUCCCUCUCAACAUCUUGGAAAGCAUCAGGAAGCACUGCGUGGAGGGACGCCUCGCCUUCGCUCCCAUUGUCAUGAGACUCGGCUGCGGCAGUUCGCCACAUGAGCCUGAUGGUUACUGGGAGGUGAACGGCUUCGGCCUGUUUGGAAUAUAUAAGUCUGAUUUUGAUAAGAUCGGAGGGAUGAACACGGAGGAAUUCAAAGACCGCUGGGGUGGAGAGGACUGGGAGCUGCUAGACAGGGUACUGCAGAAUGGUUUGGAGGUGGAGAGACUACGCUUGAGGAACUUCUUUCACUACUACCACUCCAAACGAGGCAUGUGGAACGCCCAAAACAAGAAAACCCCAAAGGGGUAGCGCCCCCCCUGCUGGUCGGAGGAUUUCUGAACCUACCUGCAGAUCCACUGUGUGUGAGAGAGAGACCUGUGGGAGCUCGCUCACUGCCUGAACUCUGCCUUUUUUUGAAACGGGCUCCUCUCUGGGACGCCCCCGUUUCGCCAUUGGCCCCUCUUGUAUGCUUGUCUGUAUGAGGAAACAGAGUCCAAAUCUGAAUUGUACAAGCGAGCCGUUUACGCAGAUAGACCUGAGUCAUCACUUUGCCUCACUGACUGAACUACUGUACAGAGAGAAGAGAGUUAUUUUUGUUCUCCUUCUCUCUGUCCUUUUUUUUGGUGCAAUGUUUUCAGACAGACUGGGAAAGCAGCUGUUUUUUGUGUGAGUGUGGUUGUGUGUAUGCGUGGGUAUGUACAUAUAUAGGUGUAUGUGGGUGUGUUGCCGCUUGUGUGUGCUCAUGGUGACAGGAAGCACCUUUUUCUAACAAGGAGAUGUGAAGACAACCUAAGAUCUUUUUUUCUAACACGCUCUCACGUGGGAGCCUAAUAGAAUGUGUGUCAACAUGUUAUUGAGAUAGAGUCAGGCAUGGUGGCGUAGAUCGAGUAGAGGAACUGUCUUUGGUAAAACACUAUUUCUAAAUAUCAACUACUACACGUUGGAUAUCAUUAAUCAGUAUGACAGAGGUGCUGAAGUUCUCCUGGUAUUACAAAACAAAGAAGGUUUUUUGAAUCAUGGAAGCCCCCUUUCUGAAUCGAUACUGACAGAUACAUCAUCUUUAUCUCUCUUUCUGUCCCUUCAACUCAUUUCUGCCUCUGUCUGUUUCAGUGUCAUGCUGAUUUGUGCAUUUUUAUCUGUUGAAGCAUCAGUUUUAUGUACGACACCCAUAUUAAUGCUAGCUAUCGGAUAUGACUUGAUUUUGUUUCAUCAACUGGAGUUUGUUCUGCUGUUAAUUAUUUUUAAGGAGCUCUCAUGUGUUCUGACAGUGUGGAUGCACUACCAUUUAAGGUGCUAUUUUCUGUUCUGAAACACUGAAUUUGUGAACAGUUUUACACCUGUCAGCUCUACUGACGGUAUCCAUUCCCUCCACAUCUCUAACCUCAUUGUCAGCUGUAACAGGAGGGAAGCAGAGGGCGACAACAGCUGUCUGACAUCUCAUUUUUACACUGUCACACCAUUGUAUCAAGCAUUUUUCAGAGCUGUGAGUUGCAUUUUUAGAUAUUAGAAUUUGAGGGAUUAAAACGUCGUCUCUCAUAUUCAAAUACAACCGAGACAGGGAAAGGUUAGCUAUCGAAAACAGACACUCUUCUUUUAAGCUUGUACACAGCUCCAACAAGAAGGGAGACAAGUUCAUGUGUUGGACACGACGUGGUGAGGCAUGGCUGUUUCACAAAUGUGUGCCUUUUAUCAGGGUUUGGCUGCGGGCAGUUUUUAAACUAAUGACAGAAGAGGGCAGGGACAGACAGAAAUACACAGUUAUUUAUCAGCAGGCUGUAACGUCACUGUACAUUCAGAUACACUGUAAAAGAGGGAAAUAUGGUUUUCUUCAAUGGAUUACAGAUGUUUCAGUGUAUUUAUUAUAUUACCUUAGAAGCAGGAAAGAGCGGUCUUUACAAGCUAGUUACCCCGUUAGUGAGAAACACAGAGAUGGUAAUAAUGACUACUGAGUGAAGUCAGGAGGUGCGAUGGAGACUCACUGGCAGCUGCAGUCCAGCAGGACCCCACCUGCUCCCAUUAGUUUGGCUGGAGGCCGGGCUCUUAAUGCCUCUGUUUAUGCAACAUGGUACUUAUAUUGAUGGGGAGCGGCUGGAGGGCUCAAGGCUGGCUGAACAUAUAUGUGGAUGGGAGUUAAUGAUCUGUUAUUGACUACAUGAUUGUCAAAAAUGCCCUCCAAGACCCUUUCUUUGCCUCUACAGGAAAAAAGGUCUAUACUGUACGUCAUUUAACACUGACAUGGGACUAUUUAAAGAACAAAAGAAACACAUUAAAUAUAAGACUAUAUAUAUAAGAAACAUAAAAAUGAAAAAUAGGAAUAUACAUUCCAUGGUAAUUUCUGUGAAAUUGUUUUGUAGAGAAAAGGUUUUAAGAAUGUAUUGUACUUUUAUUUUGAUUUGUUGGGUUUUUGCAAAUAAAAUUUUAUGCUUACGUCCA